AUGUCUUUUGAAUGUGAAGAAGUGAAUGAUGAUGAUAAUAAUAAUCUAUUGUAUCAAUUAUUAGUUGAUUGGUAUGGGACAACAAAUCUUAAUCGAUCCCUUUCAUCAACUCAAUUAACAGAUCAAUGGACAACAGUAUGGUUUGCUAAACGUGAACAACAAAAAUUAAUUGAUCAAAAAUUACUAAAAUAUCAUUCUGCUAUUGAACAAUUUAUUGAUUUUCAACCAAGAAUUUUAAAAGAAAAACUUGCAAUGAUUAUUCUUUAUGAUCAAAUAACUCGAAAUAUAUUUCGAGGAACAGAAAAUGCUUAUAAAUAUGAUGAAAAAGCUCGACAAAUGGCACUAUCAUUGAUAGAAACUAUAAAUUUUUCUCAUAUUCCAAUUCAAUAUAUUUUAACAAUUCUUAUUUGUUUAAUUCAUUCCGAAGAUAUUCAAGAUCUUAAUCGUGUGAAAAAUCUAAUUGAAGAAUAUGUUAAAACAAAUUCAUCAAUUGAUUUAAAUCUUUUAGGAUCAUUAAAUGGAAUAUUAAAAAAUCAUUAUGAUCGUUUACAAUUAUUUGGAAGAAUUCCAGAAAGAAAUCCUUUUAUUAAUCGACAAUCUACACAAGAUGAAAUUUCAUUUAUGAAUGCUGUACAUACACAACAUACUUUUUAA